UUGACGGAGGGGGUGCCGUAUUGUUCGCGGGUGUGUUUUUGGUGUAGAUUACCCCGUCAUCCUCCGGCGGCUCUGCUGUGUCACUCCCGGCCUCUUUAUUUAAAAUAUUCUCUUAUAAUUCGGCCCCGAAUCCGCACAGAUGCCUCUGGAGAAUCUGGAAGAAGAGGGUUUGCCUAAAAACCCCGACCUGAAGAUCGCGCAGCUGAAAUUUUUGCUCACUCUGGAUGGACACCGGCAGGACACGGAGCUCAAAUCCGAGCUGAUGGAGGCGAUCCGGGCCAACAAUAUGGCUCCAUACUACGAGGCCUUGUGCAAGGAGCUGAAGUGGCCUGUGGACUCGGACCUUCUCGGCAAAAUGAAGAAGGCCAAUGAGGAUGAGCUGAAGCGCUUGGACGAUGUCUUGGAGGAUGCAGAGAAGAACCUCGGGGAGAGCGAGAUCCGGGAUGCAAUGAUGGCCAAAGCUGAGUAUCUGAUUAGGAUCGGGGACAAGGAAGGAGCUUUGACUGCUUUCAGAAAAACCUAUGACAAGACAGUUGCACUGGGACAUCGCUUAGACAUUGUGUUCUAUCUGCUGAGGAUUGGCCUCUUUUAUAUGGAUAAUGACCUCAUCACUCGAAACACUGAGAAGGCCAAGAGUCUGAUUGAAGAGGGUGGUGACUGGGACAGGAGGAAUCGUCUGAAGGUAUAUCAGGGCCUCUACUGCGUGGCCAUCAGGGACUUCAAGCAGGCGGCUGAGCUGUUCCUGGACACAGUGUCCACUUUCACCUCAUAUGAACUAAUGGACUACAAAACCUUCGUCACGUAUACCGUUUAUGUGUGCAUGAUCGCUCUGAAGAGGCCUGACCUGAGAGAAAAGGUAAUAAAAGGUGCUGAGAUUCUGGAGGUGUUGCACAGUCUUCCUGAUGUGCGUCAGUACCUGUUUUCUCUCUAUGAGUGCCGUUACUCUAUCUUCUUCCAGUCUCUAGCUCGUGUAGAGCAGGAGAUGAAGAGGGACUGGCUGUUCGCUCCACACUACCGUUACUAUGUACGCGAGAUGCGGAUCCUUGCCUACAGUCAGCUGCUGGAGUCCUAUCGUUCUCUCACCCUGGGCUAUAUGGCUGAAGCCUUUGGAGUCAGCACAGAAUUCAUCGACCAGGAGCUCUCCAGAUUCAUUGCUGCGGGUCGUUUGCACUGCAAGAUCGACAAAGUGAACGAAAUUGUUGAAACUAACAGGCCGGACAGUAAGAACUGGCAGUACCAGGAAACCAUAAAGAAAGGCGAUCUCCUGCUGAACAGAGUGCAGAAGCUCUCCCGGGUCAUUAACAUGUAGCCACAUACGGUAUUGGGGGGCUGUCGUCUUUUGAGUGGGUCAAACCUUUGAUGCUUGUUUCAACACAAACGUUGUCCCGGCAGUAAAACAUGACUUUUUUUUGUUUUAUGUACAGUAUAUAAUAAAAUCUUUUCAGAGAAA